AUGCCUUCCUCAAAAGAUCUUCAACCAUCCCCUUCAGCGACCAAGCGACCCGCGUCCGACAAUGACCGCGACAUUUCCCCGCCCCCGCUGAAACGCAAAACCCAGGCUGCAAUCUCGAAGAGCGCUGUUGCCAGUUUCUUCACGCCGUCGUCGCAAAAGCCGAAGGAUCGCACCACAUGGUUCGAGAGAAGACCCGACGACGACACACCCCCUACCUUGCUCGUCGCAAAAUAUGUCCCCGAGAACGACGAGGCCAGAGUUCUGGAUACUACUGUGAAGCGGCGAAGGGUUGCGAUGUUUGACUUGGACUCGACGCUUAUUAUAGCGGCCUCGGGCAAGCGAUUCACCGACGACCCGGCCGACUGGAAGUGGUGGCACCACUCGGUUCCUGAGCGACUGAGGCAAUUAUACAAUGACGAGGGGUAUCGGGUUGUCAUUUUCACCAACCAAGGCGGCUUGACACUCCACCCUGAUCCCCAGGCGAAAGGGCCAAAGAGUGCGAAGAACCGCGUGUCCACGUUCAAGCAGAAAUGCAGCGCCGUCUUGAGCCAGCUGGGUAUUCCCAUCACGCUGUACGCGGCGACGGGAAGGGACAUCUACCGGAAGCCACGGCCGGGGAUGUGGAACGAGAUGAAAGUCGACUAUGACCUUGCCGAGUCCGAUAUCGACCGAGAGAAGAGUUUGUUCGUUGGCGACGCCGGGGGCCGCACCGCCGACUUGAAGGGAGCCAGCGCCGCCGCCAAGGACUUCAGCUGCUCCGACCGGAACCUCGCUCACAACAUCAACAUCAAGUAUCAGACUCCAGAAGAGUUCUUCCUUGGAGAGGAUCCGCGCGACUUUCGGAGAGAUUUCGAUCUCGGUAACUUUCCGUUCGUCGAUCAAGCGGAGGACAGCAGCGUUGGCCUUGCGAAGACAAACGACCAGGACAUCAUUCUCUUUGUUGGUCCGCCGGGGGCUGGCAAGAGCACCUUCUAUUGGAAAUACCUGAAGCCGUUAGGCUACGAGAGGGUCAAUCAGGAUAUCCUAAAGAGGUUCGAUAAAUGUUUCAAGGCCGCAGCCAACUUCCUCCAAGAAGGGGACUCUGUUGUUCUGCCUCGCUUCUGCCAUGCGCAUCUACUGACUUCUCCGAAAGAUAACACAAACCCCGAUGUCGACACCCGGUCGCAAUGGGUAGGCUUGGCUCGCAAACACAAGGUGCCUAUCCGGUGCUUCUGGUUCAGGACGCCCUUGUCAUUGUGUGAACACAACGAUGCUGUGCGGUCAUUGAAUGCACAGAACAAGCAGCUUAAUCCAGAAGCACGCAAGGGGCUCCCAAAACUCGCAUUCAACGGCUUCGCGUCACGAUUCAAGGAGCCCAAGACCGAGGAGGGUUUUCAGGACGUCGUUCCUAUCGACUUUAAGUUCCGGGGAACGAGGGAGGAGUACGAAGUCUGGGGCCGAUAUUGGGUCUGA